AUGGCCACCCCGACCGCUUUGCCGCCGCUUCCCUUCAACCCGUCGCGUGUGCGAUCAUACUUGUUGCGGUUGCCGCUAUUCACGCGCCUGGUGCUGCUAGUGAUUCUUGUUUUUUGGCUGCUGGAGUUCCAAACUGUUUGGAGUGUGGUGCAAUGGGGAUCCCUGAUCCCCGACGAGAUCAAUUUGGGUACCAUGUACCGCUUGAAUACCUAUCCUCUCAUCCACACCGGAUUCUUCCACGCGGCGUUGAAUACCAUUGCCCUGACACCGCUCUUGGAGCGCUUCGAGGCGGAACAUGGCACCCUUACUGCCAUCGCCCUAUUCCUCGGACCGUUGUCAACUCUUCCCGCAGGUCUUUACCUCUUGAUUGAGAAAGUGAUCUUGCAUAUGAAUACCCCGGUUGUCGGCUCAAGUGUCUGGGUAUUCAUGCUUUUGGGUUCCGAGGCCAUUCGGACAUUCAAGUCCCACCCGUACUUCAGCCUCGGCCCGUAUAAGAUUCCCACCUGGACAUCGCCUCUCUUUGCCUGCAUUGUACUGUCCAUUCUUGUCUCCAAUGUGAGCUUUUUGGGCCAUCUUUGUGCAAUUCUCGUGGGCUACCUCUUUGGCCUUGGAUACCUCAAGGUCUUUGUGCCCCCAGAGAAGGUCCUUCGAUGGAUCGAAGGCAAGCUCAACCUCUUGGGCCGCCUGCCCCACUAUGUAUCGGUGGACCAGAAGACAUAUGGCCGAUACGGGGUACUCCCAUCCUCCAAUGCCGCAGGCACCGGAAACCAAACUCCCUUGAGCUACUUGGGAACUACGCAGCGCUUGGGCUCAUAA